UUCUCUUAUCUGCUGAAGAUGAGGUGAAUCUAUCAUUUGGAUUUCUUGUGCUUUUUUGGCCCUUCGCUCAGAUAUCCACUGGAUAAUAGUCGCUCUCUCUUCUUAACAUUGUUUGUGCCAUCACACAAAUCGAGAAAAAAGAUGCAUCAGACCCACCAGCACCAGCAUCUCCUUCCUUGUUUGCAUUGCCACCCACAUAGCUACAUUAGAAUGGUUCAACAUCUUAUAGAGAGAUGCUUGCUGCUCAACAUGAGCAGAGAACAAUGCAUCAAGGCACUGGCGGAACAUGCCAAUAUUCGGCCUCUUGUUACACUUACAGUGUGGAGAGAACUACAAAAAGAAAAUAAGGACUUCUUUCAUGCAUAUUUCCGUUCUACUUCUUCCAGGCCUUUCCCAAAUAGGUUUUCUCAAAGGGUUUCCAGAUUGGAUAGAAGGAAACAGUGGAAUUGAAGUAAAUGAGACUCCUAUAUUUGCCAAUACGUGCUGGACGAGGGAAUGAUCAAUUAGCUAGCUAGUUGGUUUUCUGCUAUAAGAAUGUAAUCAAAGUCAAGUGAUUGAUGAAUAAGACCUCUAUAGAAUACAUUAUGGAUAUUAAGGUUGGUAUAGUCUUUAGGAUAUUCUAGCUAGGAUAAUUAGCAUUAGCCUAUGAUUAAUUUCCAUUUAGAAAUAGAAAUUUCCCUCUCUC